AUGAGUUCGGGGACGCCCUACAUCGGCAGCAAGAUCAGCCUGAUCUCCAAGGCGCAGAUCCGCUAUGAGGGCAUCCUCUACACCAUCGACACCGAGAACUCCACCGUGGCGCUGGCCAAGGUGCGAUCCUUUGGUACUGAAGACCGGCCCACAGACAGACCUGCUCCUCCACGAGAAGAAAUCUAUGAAUACAUUAUUUUUCGAGGAAGUGACAUCAAAGACAUCACUGUCUGUGAACCUCCAAAAGCGCAACAUACUCUGCCACAAGAUCCUGCCAUUGUUCAAUCUUCACUGGGCUCUGCCUCUACAUCAUCCUUUCAGCCACAUGUGCCUUACAGCCCGUUUAGAGGUAUGCCACCUUACAGCCAGCUUGCUGCCAGCUCUUUACUUAGCCAGCAGUAUGCAGCUUCAUUAGGUUUAGAGAAAUUGGUAAGCCCUCCAGCAUCAGCAGCUGCUUCCAGUCCUAGUUCUUCUCCGUCUCCACAACCUGUUUCAGAGCCUGACAUGUCUUCAGAGCCCCAUCAGCUCUCUUCCAAGGGCGCUGGCUUUCCUUCUGUUCACCCAGUCCGCAAAAGCCCCAUGGUAGAGCAGGCUGUUCAGACUGGCCCAGUUGACAACAUGAAUUCACAAAAGCCACCCCCAGUGAAAGUAGUAACUCCAGGGGUUCAGCGCAAUGGACGGCAGGUUCCACAGGGCAACAGUAAGACAAAUGUAGAUACAGUUCAGGCAGCACCUGUGCAAACCCAAGGACAGGUGAAUGAUGAAAACAGAAGACCUCAAAGGAGAAGAUCAGGAAACAGGAGAACCAGAAACCGUUCUAGAGGACAAAACAGACCAACUACUGUGAAGGAAAAUACAAUAAAGUUUGAAGGUGACUUUGACUUUGAAAGUGCAAAUGCACAAUUCAACAGAGAGGAACUCGAUAAAGAAUUCAAGAAGAAACUAAACUUUAAAGAUGACAAAGCAGAGACUGGGGAAGAAAAAGGGGACCCUGGAGUGGCAACUCAAAACAAUGACGGUAAUGCAGAGGAGGACCUUCUGGGACCCAACUGCUACUAUGAUAAAUCCAAGUCUUUCUUUGACAACAUUUCUUCAGAACUGAAAUCUAGUUCUAGGCGUACCACGUGGGCUGAAGAAAGGAAGCUCAAUACAGAGACAUUUGGAGUGUCUGGACGGUUCCUUCGUGGCCGCAGCUUUCGGGGUGGAUUUCGGGGUGGAAGGGGUACCGGAGCAGCAAGGCGAAACCAAACCACUCACAGAGCUGGUACUGGCAGAGUGUAACUUCAGAGGUUCUAACAUCUCUCCUGAGAGGAUGAAACUGUAUAUAGAAAGAAAACAACCAACUGCUGCACUAAUGUGGGAAAAUGGUUCAUAUUGUUUACUGUCUCAGCUCAAGCGACAGAACUUCAUGUACUACUGCUUAUAUUCUGGACUUAUUUUGGACCAGCAGCUGUCAGCUGGAAUAUUCUUUGGAAGAGGGAAUGUGUUCAGGGGUACCUUCUUCAGGGUGUCUUUUUUGUUUGUGUUUUUUUUUAAGUGCAGACUAACUUACAUGGUUCUUCUUUCUGGGUCUCUCAAAGGCUGCUGUAGUCUAAGCUUAAAGUCAGACUCCUUUUCUGAACCCUGAAGAAGAUAAAUCAUGCUAUUUUAACAUGGAACCAAAGCUCACUUGAAAUAAACCAGCUAUAACUUGUU